CCUGUCGUCCCUCAAGGAGAGACUUCGGGGACUCGGCGGCACACUGUUAUUUGGAAACCAGCUGCUUCGGGAUUAUCACACGAUACAGUGGAGGAUGUGGUCCAAUAAGCGAUGCAACGCGGAAACGAGAAAUUGGAUACCUUGUGAAGAGUACGAGGUCUUGCAGUCCACGGCGUUGCUCUACCUCACCGGCGCGAAUUUGGUGCAUUUGGUGCCCACAAAGAUGUUGUUACAGAUCGUCAAGGAUUUUCGCGACGCCCACGGCAGCAAUUCGAGCCACCAUCAGACUUUUAUCAUGGUCGAGCAUCUGGAGGAGGGACAGCGCAACGACGCCUACGAGGCUUUUGCAAGUUUGAAUAUCACUUGCCAUACGCAUCACGUUUUUGUUGAAAGCGUCGAAGAGGUUGUUGAGCGGUUAUAUAACAUCACUGCUGAUAUAGGCAUCAAGUCAUACAAGUGCGUAGCAUCUGCAACAGUCCUUGAAUAUGACCAAACUUUUCGGCAACUGAUCGAACGGUCGCACCUCCCAUUUUGUGCGGAUUUCAAGCAAGUUGAAACCGAAAACACCUACAAGGAAAUUUGGAACUGGAUGCUCCGCCAGAUUCCUGGCGUGACAUUUUCGGGCGCGCAAGACAUCGUGGACGAGUAUCCCACAUUCUCAAGUCUUUUUCAGAAGUAUGCUGAGAAUCCGACCGCCGGCGAGCUUUUACUCCAGGAUUGUGUCGUAAGUAAUUCCUCUAGUCCUUCCAGUUUAUCAUUAAUCUUUUUGACGUAGGUCCACACACGGGCAGAUGGUAUGCCAAAUGCUAGGAGGCUGAACAAGGCACUUUCGACGAGAGUUCAUGCAGUGAUUUAUGGUCAAGAUGAGUUGGAAAUAGUUGCUAGAGGUGCUUGAUAAGUUAUCUACCUGAAUUCCUUGCUCAGUCUUUCCACACCAUCUUUUGGUCAUAUCCUCCUUUAAUGCUUCAGUACUUUUUGGACCUUUAUACCGAUAGACCUGACGAUGGACAGACUCCCAAUGCAGGUCAGUGGUCCGCU